AUGGGGGUCGACACCCGCAAACCGAUCCUACCUGCUCCCACGGAGUCUAUUAUCGAUACCGGCGACAGCGCUGAGGGUACAGACUUAGCAACUGACCUUUCUCGCCGCACAGACAAGACGUCGUACUCUAUCCCAGACGACGGCAGCCCGGUUACGGUCUCCACUCGUCGCCAUCGGGACCGCGACGACUCCAAGCUGUCUCACUCGCACCGGGACUCGCAGACCUCUCUGCUGAUCGAGUACUUCGAGGGCGGCAAAGGAUCAGGCGCUGUGGUCUCCCGUCCCAGUGUGCGAGUUCGGGUCACACCCUCAUCCGCUAGGAAGUCCAAGGACCGCCGAGAGCACAUCCAGAUAACGGAGUCCGGCUCCAGUCGAAAACCGUCAUACACCCGGCGUAUCUCGCUGACGCCAUCGUCCAAGCAGAAGAAGCUGUACGAGGCGGAUGACCAGAGCGUCAGCUCCUCCAAUUCUGCCGUGGAAGAGGGCGACCAGUCCUCCCCUCGGCGUCCGCCAGUCGAGAUCGAAUUUGUCAACAACAGAGACCAGGGAAGCGAGCUUUCCACUGUCUCGCGUGACACCAGAUACAUGCCUGUCACCUCGGACGUCUCGACCAUGCCCCCAGACAGCAUGCUGGAAGGCGCCUCGUCGGCCGGUCCGCGACGGAAACGCAGCCAGAGCCUCGAGCGAGGUUCGCCCCGCGAAGACAAGGGAUUGCUCAAGACGCCAUCUCGACAAAGAAGCCGCAGCCUGAGCACAGAGCGGAUUGCGCACCUAGCAGCGGAAAAGCUCAGCGGAUCGCCUCAAGAAGCCUCCAGCGGCAAGCACCGAACCAAGAGCGGCAACAAGGAUUACUUGGAAGCUGAACCAAAGCUAUCCCGUCGACGACGCCAUGCACACAAGGAUGAAGACAUCGUCCCCAGUGCCGAGUCGAGUCUUUUGAGCACAUCUGCGGUCUCCUCAAACCGCAGAUCCGACCAGUACUCGAUUCGAUCCGGUGCCUCCAAGUCCUCCAUCAACAACCCGAAGCUACUCGAAACGGUCGAGGAUGCCAUCCGAAGAUUGAUUCUGCCCGAGCUCAAAGAGCUCAAGAAAGAUCAGAAGGUCAUGUCGAACAAGUCCAGGUUUGACCGCGAAAUGACAACAUCCUAUUCGUCUACCAGUUCCAGAGAUGAGUUGGGCCGACGCCUCUCGAAACAUGCGAGCGCACCGGAUGUCAUGAAACCGAAGGUUGUCUUGAACAGGAACAGCAAAGAUGAAGGCAUCAUCCUUGCGGGCGACUCUAUCCGAAGCAAGGAGCGCAAAUUGAGCAGAGGCAGCGAGAUGUCUGAUCCCGCAUACCUGAAGGUGGCCAAUCGACCUGAGCUCACUGAGAGUGACAAAAUUCGACGACAGCGGAGCAAAGGUCUUCGCGAUGCUCAUGCUGCUGGGCUCGUGGCUACGGCUCUGACGGCAGCUGCACUGAACCAUCACGACUCCAAAUCCAGUCUUGAUAAGAAGGAACGCCGGAGGAAGAAGAGCGGCUCUCGGAAGAGCAGUGGAAGCUUCGACGAGACCGAGCUGGUCUUCCAGAAACACAAAGUGCCUCCCAUGCCCAUGCGCAGCGAAAUCGAUUCGGAAUUGACCCGCGACUCUCUCCUCUCCCAGCGUACAGAAAGUCCCACUCCUCGUAAGAAGAAGUCACAGGUGGAGGAGGUCCUUCGAGGUUCGCCAAGACAGCUUUCAAUGUCUCCGAAAUCCCGCACUCCGACCCGAGCACCUCUUAAUACUCUGGGUAUGCGUCACAACAACCAGUCGUCUCACAACAUCUCGACUCACAGUGGCUCAGACCGUGACUUGCGUGCGAAGAGCGGGUCCCCUGGCAUUGAUGGUGGUGAUUGGGCCAUUGCUGCAGCCGCAGCAGCCAAUCUCCUCGAUGUUGCCCAGCCGGGACAUCACACGCCAGAGGGCAAAUAUUUUGACGAGGGGCCUGGUCGAGGUUUGAGCCCAAUCCAGAGCGUUGCUAGCGACCACACCGAGACACAUGUUACGCAUUAUCAAGCCCAGCAUGAGAAGCAGGCUGGUUAUGAAGGCCGGCGAGAUAUUGAGCCCCGGCUUUCCAUCGGCUCCCUUUCCUCGGCACCCAGCACCAACCUCGCUAAAGAUGGCCAGGCGGGCCCUGCCUUCCCUUUUGAACGGUCACUUCGAGCCUCGGAAGAGGGCAUGUACGGCCCUGACGACGACGCCAGAAACUCCAUGCUCACUGACGCCGACAGCGACGUUCACUACCUUGACAAGAUCAAAGAGGGCCAACAUGUCGCCGACGGUGCUGCAGCCAACCCUGAGUUUGUCCAUCCGGUGGGAAUCGAAUCAGCCGUUGCCUCCUUGAUGGAACCUUCUGUCCUGGAAUCGCCAUCGACCCAAUCUGGUAAUCGGUCGCAGAGCGACCUGGUGGAACGAGGAGUCAGUCGCAGUCCGGAGAAGCCAGCUAGCGAGGGGUACCGUAGCAGUCCCCUGAAACAACGCCAGGAUGCUUCCAGUCCCGAUGAUACUUCCUUCCCACGACGUAUCGGAGCCACCUCGCCCCCGCAGAGUGUUACCCAGUCUAUCGAAGAACUUGAUGAGGCUGCUCUCCUUGGUGCUGGUGCAGCUCUUGCAGCCCGUGGAACGGAGAGUCCGGUGGGAGAUGGAGCUCGCAGCCUAGACUCCGAGUCUGAAAUAAACACGAACCCCUCAAUCAUCCAGGGUCCCAUUGGCGACGUCACCCAGCGAAGCAGAGACCAUUGGGCGUACGAUUCUCGCUCCCCCGAUCGAGUUCCCUACUAUGAAUCUGCUGCAGCCCAGGCCACUGGGCUUAAGAACCUGAGCUCCGAACAGCAGCGAGGACUCGAUGCGGAAUACUAUCAGACCGCCAAAGACAUUUUUGGUGACGAUGGUGUGUAUGGGCCAGACGACCAUGCUGCGGCUCGACAGUUGUUUGGUACGCCACCGGGAGUCAAGGAUGAGGGCUAUGUUUCGGCUGCCAAUCCCAUGUCUCCAAGCAUCGGCACUCCCAAGCAAGGCACUCGAGGCGUUGGCGGCCUGGAUGCUGCGGGUAUGGAUGCAUUUGGCAGCCCUGCUUCGGCAGAUGAUGCUUUUGUGCCCGGUCACCAGAGACACCUGAGUGGUUUCUCCCAUGGUGUUGACUUGCCUCUUUAUGAUAGCGCAACCGGCAGAGGCAUCGAGAGGAUCCAGUCCCAGGACAUCGUUGCUCUUAUGGAUCAUCUCACCGUUCGUGACGCGCAGCGUAAUGCAAGAGAUACCGAAAUCCUUGUCACUCUGGUCCGAAGUGCAGCGGAAAUGCGCACUUCGUUUGAGCAGAUGAAGAAGUUCAUUGCUCAGCAAGACGAUCUUAUCAUGGAAUCCAGCGACAAGCAACACGAACGCACUCAAAAGGCACUCGGUGGACCUCGGCCUUUGCCUCCCAGUGGGUCCAGGUCCCGUGGGCUGAACAUGGAAGAUGGCGAAGAUAUGCAGUCGAAGCGCAAGAGUGUCUUCAAGCGUGCGCUCAAAGGACUGAGUCUCAAGUCAGGCAAUGACUUGACCAAGAUUGAGGGCAUGCUCGAACAACUACUGGAGGAGGUCGAGAUGCUGCGGGCAGAGCAAGGCCUGGGCCCUCGCAAUGGUGCUGCUGGCUUGGCAGGUCUUGACCGGGACGACUAUGAGCCAACCGGUCCUGGCGCGACAACUCCGACAAAAAGCCCUGCUGAUUAUUUGUCCAAUACCCCUCGACCAACCAAUGGACAGCGCAGAGAUUCGGAUCGGGUUAGUCCUGUUCAUCAGGAGGACGACGAGGACGUUGAGCUCGAUGAUGACGACGUCUAUAUGACUGAACAUCUUCCUGUACAAGAACCAAUUCGUCAUGAGAGAGCUGGAUCUUUGCCACUGCCGCUUUCCACGCCUCCUCGGAAGCCAGUGCCUUCGGGUGUUCGAAGCACCGAGACAACUCCCCAAACAGCCGAUAAGUCACGGAAGCACAAGUCGAACAGCUCGUCGAUCUUCCCCAAGAUCUCUCGCUGGUCCAAGACCACUGCUUCAACCUUCAGCGACAACUUCCGGAGCAGCAUGCAGCCAGGCCGAAAGGAACGUCCUUACUCGGAGGUGUCUCGCUCUGGGUCUGAUCUCGCGGACGAUGUCUAUAAGGCUGACCAUUACGAUCCUCGCGGCGACGACCGCAUCCGGUCCACGUAUACAUUGGACGACCACCUGCAGCAGGAGAACCGUCCGCCUUCGCCGUUGGUGCCAUCACAGGUCUCUGAGGCUCCCAAGUAUCGAGCACACCGAGGAAGCCUUGAUCUCAAGCAUCCUCAACCGCGACAGGGCCCCACCGGCCGAUUCCAGACGCACCUGGAGUCCCAGGCUCAAACGUACGGGUCUCCUGUGUCCCCGACCUCCGAGCAGUGGGGAGGCUCAAAUCCCAUCCUGGCCGCAGUCCAACCAAACCAGAACCGCUACAGCGGCGUCAGCGGCGGCAGUCGACUGUCUCCCAUUUCGGACACGGGCUUUUCCGAGACGAGUUCUCGCGCCACAGGACCGCCCCGACCCCCAAAGGUCAAGGAUGAAGGACCUCUCAUCCCUGAACGACCUCCCAAGGUCCAGAAGGAUGAGACCGGUGCUUAUGGAGGAGACCGUAUAACUUCACGGAGUUCCGCAAUGCGCCCCGUCUCCCAGCAAGCGACACCCCCAACCCGCAAACCAACGGGUCCUCGUCCCCUGAACUCCAGCGGCACGUACAGCCCAAGCAAUAUCAAGCGCACGCGCUACCGAGGUAGUCCGACGCAGAUCGACUAUGAGGACGACUAUUGA